GCCUCACUCUCUCAUCUUGGAAUAAAUUUGGAAAUGACUUUUGAUGACCUCAGGAGCAAGAGUAUAAAACAUCAACUUGAUCAGAAGCCAAAUGGAGAGAGAGACAAAGGUCUUCGUUUUCUUUCCUCUCGGAGGUGGUACCCUGCUGCUGUGUCUCUAGGGAUCCUUUGUCUGGCAUUACUGGUGACCGUUUUAUUGCUGAUAAUCCAACUAUCCCAGGUGUCUGAUCUCCUAAAGCAACAGCAAGCAAAGCUUACGCCCCAGGAAGAUAUCCUGGAGGGACAGAUUUCAGCGCAGCACCAGACAGAAAAUUCUUCCCAGGAGUCACAAAGGGAACUCAAAGAAAUGAUAGAAACCCUUGCCCACAAGCUGGAUGAAAAAUCCAAGAAACUAAUGGAACUUCAUCACCAGAACCUGAAUCUCCAAGAAGCUCUGAAAAAAGCAGCCAACUAUUCAGGUCCUUGUCCCCAAGACUGGCUCUGGCAUGAAGAAAACUGUUACCAAUUUUCUUCUGGCCCAUUUAAUUGGGAAAAAAGCCAGGAGAACUGCUUGUCUUUGGAUGCCCACAUGCUGAAGAUUAAUAGCUCAGAUGAUUUGGAAUUCAUCCAGCAAGCAACUGCCCAUUCCAAUUUCCCAUUCUGGAUGGGAUUGUCCCUGAAGAAACCCAACUACUCAUGGCUCUGGGAGGAUGGUUCUCCUUUGAUGCCCCACUUGUUUAGAGUCCAGGGAGCUGUUUUCCAGAGGUAUCCUUCAGGCACCUGUGCAUAUAUACAAAGGGGAGCUGUUUUUGCUGAAAACUGCAUUUUAACUGCAUUCAGUAUAUGUCAGAAGAAGGCGAACCUAUUGAGAGUACAGUGAAUGUGAAGGCUCUGGAAGAAAAGGAGAAGACCUUUGAAUUUUCUUCUGAAAAUUAAGCUGUACUUCCUCACUUAGGUGCAAACCAUAAAAGCCCUGAGAAUUUCCCAUUAACUAGCUAAAGUGCAGAACUCCUUAGCAGAGACUGGGGCCCAGCUUCUUGACACCUUGAUAGCAAAAGUUUUAAUUCUCUGUGUAUAUAUAUUUUCACCUAGCUUGUUCCAAGCCCCCCUGCCAGUCUUCAGUGAAGUCUACCUUCCUGUUUCUAUUGUUGUUUCUAAGAACUUGUUGCCUAACUCAAGGUCACAGAAAUUUUUCUGCUAUGUUUUCUUCUCGACAUUUUAUAGUUUCAGGUUUUACAUGGAAAUCUUUAACUUUUGUGGGGAUAAUUUGUAAGUCACGUAUGGAUGUAUGGAAGUUCUUUUUCUUUUCCUUUUUGCAUGUGGAUAUUCAAUUAUUAUUGCAACAUUUGCUGAAAAGACUAUUCUUUCCUCACUACAUUGCCUUUGCACUUUUGUCAACAAUUAUCCAUACAUGUCUGGGUCUCUUUCUGGACUCUAUUCUGUUCCAUCGAUCUAUUUGUGUAA